UUACUAAUCUUCGCGAAAGGGAUAUUCCGUCAGUUUCUCAUUUUUCCAUUUUUUUCAUCAGCCGCCGCUGUAAAUUGUUGUUUUUGGUAGCUUUGCGUUAAUAAACACAACUCGACUUCACUUGACACAGAGUGUAUCCGUUGGGUCUAUUACCAUCAUUCUGCUAAAGCUAACCAAUCGUUAGGCUACGUCUUAUGAAUCUUCCACAUGAAACGCAGCAGGCAGCGAGCAGCAAAGCAGUGACCAAUAGGCUAAAAGCACCGAGCAUCUCUCCAUGCCUCGUGAUUUUGCUUUUGAAUGCAAGCAAACCUUAAAAUGAUCGUGCUGUCAUAGAAUUACAGUAUGAAAGUGGAUGAUUGCUCUGAAGUGCCAAUACCGAGUCUUGUUAUUUUAUGUGACAUUAAACUAUUAAUAAAGAACUUUCUACUUAUUAACAUAAACAAUCUGUGAUUAAAAACAUAUCAUGCUCUCCCACCCAAUCAAUAUUGUACCUUUUUCUACACAUAUUAGAAACUAACUUGCCAAUGAUCACGUAUAACGCAUUUCCAGUUACGCAAUCCUUGUUACUACACAUAACUAUGAUUAGCUAGGUUUAUACAGUACUUAUCAAUCCGAAUGAUAUGGCAGCCAGUAAGGUUAUGUGAAUGCACGAGGUAUGUCGUCGCUCACGGCUAUUCCACUUGUGUCGAAACUAUCCAAGGGGGUAAUACGUAUUCUGGGAUGUAAUCCCGGUCCCAUGACACUCCAAGGUACCAACACGUACCUCAUUGGCACAGGACUUAGGCGAAUUCUGAUAGACUCUGGCGAUGCCGAAACCGCGAACGAGUAUACUAAACUCUUGGAGGAGGUCCUGCAUAACGAGGGUGCUACAAUAGAACAUUUAAUCAUUACCCACUGGCAUCACGAUCAUAUUGGCGGCGUUGAGUCGGUAAAGAAUUUAUUGAAACUUCGAAAUACUAGAGCAAAGUCACCCACUGUCUGGAAACUAUCAAGAUCCUUAGAAGACCGUGGGAAUGAUGGCCAGGAAGAGUCCUACUCUGUUGAAUGGCGUAGUAUGAACGAUGGUCAAUUAUUUGAAGUCGACGGUGCUAAACUUCAAAUUCACCAUACUCCUGGUCACACUACGGAUCAUGCAUGCCUGACACUCUUGGAGGACAAUUCAUUAUUUAGUGGGGACUGUAUAUUAGGCGAAGGUACAGCAGUCUUUGAAGAUUUACACGACUAUAUCUUGUCCCUGGAGAAGAUCAUACAGAUGACUCCAAAGGUCAUUUACCCGGGUCAUGGACCAGUCAUUGAGAGUCCUGUACCACGCAUUCAAUAUUACAUCAGACAUCGUCAACAAAGGGAAAACGAAAUCCUAAAGGUUCUGCAAGAACAUGGAACUAUGAACUCGUUAUCUGAAAUGGAUAUAGUGCAACGUAUAUACACGGAGACUCCAGAAAAUCUAUGGAACGCAGCUGCUGCAAACGUACGUCAUCACCUUGAGAAAUUGCUCAAGGAGCGCAAAGUACGUGGGGAAAACGGUGCCUGGUUUUCGAACAUUUAAGACAAAUUAAUAUACUCGAUUACAUAACGAUAAAAAUUAUGUAAUCAUUCACGUAAUUGUUGUAUUCAUAUCGUUACUACUUACGCUUAUUAAAUAUUUCAUAUUGUUGCAUCAUGCUUGUCAAUUAUACAUUUUAUGAAAGUAAUAGAAUUGCUCGUCUGCAUCAAAAUAUAGAGCGCAUAAAUUUCAUUCAAUAAAUCGACGAACUAUUUCCCACCGGAUCAACGCGGUGUCACGAUUUUAUGCAAAAAAAGAAUUGCUGUGAAACAUUUAUUCAACUCAUAGGAAGUAACGAUGAUAGUACAUGUUUAUGAGACUUUUUUUUAAAAAUAAGCUCUGUAUACUACUAUGAUGUGCGCAAUGUGUAGAAUACGUGUCAUAGAUAUUUUUAUGAUAUACAUAGAAUAUUGUUUGAA